GAGCCUGCUGAGCCCAGCACAGAGAGCCCUGUACAAGGAGGUCAUGCUGGAGAAUUUUGGGAACGUGGCCUCUCUGGGACCUGAGAUUGCCAAACCUGACCUCAUUUCCAGGCUGGAAGGAGAAGAAGAGCCGUUUCUCCUGAACCCUGAUGCAGAAGAGGGAAUGGCAGGCUCACCGAGGGUCUCUAUUCAAACCCCCUCCCCAGCGCAGUCGUUUGAACCGGAGCCCGAAAGAGCUUCGGAACACAGUCCAGGAAGGGGAAUAUCUGAGGAAGAUUUUGUGGGUUUCCCAGCUGAAAGAACAGGGGAUGAAGCCACCGAUGGAGGAAAGCUGUACCAGCCGGAAGGCGCCUCUUCACAGGAAGCAUCUGAAGAAGAAAGCAGCAGCCCCAGUGAGGGAGAUCCUGGAGUUCCCCAUAACCCAGUAGGGGGCUCCAAGGACACGGGACUGGGUGAGCCAAAACCACUUAAGCCAGCCUGA